AUGAGCAGCAGCAGCGGAGCUGCAGGGUACAGUGGAUACUACCAAGAGGCCCCAGAAAGCGCCUAUGCCGCAGGUCAUGGUGCCAUGGCCUACUCCGAACAAUCGACGGACUACGCCCAAGACGCAAGACAGGCGCACGGCUUUGCAAAUACGUACAACCCAUCCGGCCCUCAAUUGUUGUAUGCGAUUCUGCAACCUCUGGCGCCGUUUCUCUUCAUACACAAGCCGCACACGGUGGUUCUGCGGCUGCAGUCUACCAACACCAAGGCGCAGCCGAUAGUCGAGGACAUGUGGCGGCAGCAUAUGGAGCGGGCAUGGUUCCACUCCCGAGCGCAACCAGUUCGCAGCCCACUUCCAGCACAGAUCCGGGAGCCUCGCUUGGCCUCCGACGACGAAGAUCUAUACGAAGGUCGUGUCAAGCUUUGGAAAAACUUCAACAAUGCGUGGCUUGGCCUUCUCGAAAAGCAAAAGGAGAUGAUGUGGUAUGGGAAGAAGUUGCAUCGUUCCCAAAGUCUUGUAUCGUUUGAAGAUCUCCAGAAAAUGGCUCGGGAGCUGGUUCGCCUUUGUGACGGUAUUGAACGCUUUGGCCUUGUCGACUACGACUACGGCGUGUGGGAAGAGCGCAUUAUGGCUAAAUGGCAGAAGAAGACGCUACCGGCGCCACGAGCGGACCGAGUUCACAACAAGGCUAGACUAUCAAACUGCGAACGCAGUAUCUCGAUUUGCGACAACAUUAUAAUUUCCAGCGCCGAUUUCUAG